AUGCGUGAAGUUAGGAGAAAAGGUCUGAAGUUUGACUUCAAAGACAUGAUCGGGUACUUGAUGCAUAAGCUGCUGUUUUGUGGAGCAGAUCCUGGAAACUCGUCCGAACUCUCUGAGCAGGAGAUCAAUGCUGUAAAGGAAGUGUGGGCAAGAGCCCGGACUGGCGACAUUGGGGUGAAGAUUCUCAGUGCUCUUAUCGAGAAAAAACCAGCCUUUGCUGUAUAUUACGGUUUCAAAACGACGGUGGUAUCAGCCGAUUUGCUAGCAGAAAAGUCAUUUAUUCUACAAGCACAUCGUAUACAAGAUUUCCUUGAAACUGCCGUCUCUUCACUGGGACUCAGCCCGGACGAUGUGAUCCAUAGGAUGUCUUAUCGAAUAGGUCAAGUUCAUUACUACAAGGGAGUGAACUUUGGGGCUGACAAUUGGUUGGUGUUCAAAAAAGCCACUAUCGAGCAGGUGAUGGCCGCACCCAAGAAAGCGUCUAUAUUCAGGAAUGGAUCAAACAAGGAAUUCAACCUUACGGAGAACAAUUUCGACACAAUCCAAAACGGAAAUCAACGACAAUAUCAAGCUAUAGCAGGAUGGAACAAAUUGAUGUCAAUGGUGGUCAGGGAAAUGAAACGAGGCUUCCUAGAAGAAGCUCGACGUAACUGUGGAGAUGAUACUGGAGCUUAG